AUUCAUUACGAGAAAAUGUGCGUAAAUGCUGGCGGUGGCCGUAGCAGGUUAUUGAUCGUGGCGUACCCGGCCACGCUCCUCACAACUCACGUGUUUUCUGACGGGUGCCAGAAAACAUGGAAAGUUAGUGAAAUGGAAGAGUUGCGUGUUUGGCGCCAUCUGGAUUUUUGGCGCCACCUGGGGGAGGACGCGCGGCCUCCAUGUUCGGCGUGCGGCGGCGAGACCAUGAAGAAAGAUAGUGCAUGGCGCGAUAUGAUGGCUCACCCGGGCGGUGGCAACGGACCCCGGGGACGGAAUAUGCCCCACGAUGGCGAGGAGAAAGGGAAAAUGUUUGUGGGUGGUCUGUCAUGGGAGACCACUCAGGAGUCGCUGCAGCGUUACUUUGGCCAGUAUGGGGAAGUGAUAGACUGCGUGGUCAUGAAGAACAACGAGACAGGCCGGUCAAGGGGCUUCGGCUUCGUCACAUUUGCAGACCCAAACAAAGUGGAUGCUGUGCUAAAGAAUGGACCACAUGAGCUGGAUGGACGCACGAUUGACCCCAAGGCAUGCAACCCACGUAGCAUGCAGAAGCAGAAGAGGAAUGGGAACUGGCCUAAGGUGUUCCUGGGUGGUCUGCCAUCGAACCUCACCGAGACGGAUUUACGUAACUUCUUUUCCCGUUUUGGGGGUGUGAUGGAGGUGGUCAUUAUGUUUGAUCAGGAGAAGAAGAAAUCAAGAGGCUUUGGGUUUUUGUCCUUCGAAACGGAAGAGGCAGUGGAUAGAGCGGUGGCAGAGCACUUUGUCAACAUAAAUGGAAAGCAGGUGGAGAUCAAGAAGGCUGAGCCCCGGGACACCAGUAAGGCCCAGGAGGAGGGAGGGCAGUGGGGUGCUCAUCCUGACAACCACUGGGGGAUGCCUGUAGGCCCACCUGGGAUGCCAGGCCUCAACAAUGGAAUGGGACCUGGAAACAUGGGGCCUCCUAUGGGUCCACCACUCCCUCACAACAGUCAGAUGGGAGGUCACAUGGGCACACAAGGCAUGGUGCAGAGCCCCUACCAAGGCUGGGGCACUCCCCCACAGCAGCAGGGAUAUCCUCCACAGGGAUAUGGUGCCCCACAGGGCCCUGGAGGCUACCAGGGAUGGGGUGCAAGCCAGCAACUUCAGCAGUGGGGAGCCCCUAGCUAUGGCUCUCCAGGAGGCCAGCAGUAUGGCAGCUUCGGGCCCAUGGAGGGGGGAACGUGGGGUUGGACGUCCCCCACCUCUCCCUCCACACCUCAGCCACACGAACCUGCAGCAGGUCCUCAGCCUGGUGGGAAAGCCUCGGCCGACUAUAGCUCCUGGGGACAGUUUAACUACAACCAGAUGAGUGGGGAGAACUCGGCAGCAGCUGCAGCUGCGGCGUUCAACCAUGGCCGUGGGUACAACGAUGGAGGGGCCCCAGGUCAAGCUCCGGCCCACCAGGGUGAGGGCAGCUCAGUAUGGUAGUGAGGGUUACUUCAUGCAUGAGGGUCGGGAUCCACAUGCCAAUGGGCGGCCUUCACCCAGUGAUGCUGAGCAAAAGACAUAUAUCUCACUAUAGUCAUGGAUUCUGACUGUUCAUUGUGUAGAUGAUUUGAGCCCAUGUUGGAAGAGUGCCAUGCAUCAGAAGGAAUGAACCACAACAGUUGUUUAGGAGCAUUGUGUGUCUGGUAAGAACUACAACUUGUCAGGUGUUUGUGUGGGGAAAGUCUUCAUCUCACUGUCAUCAGCAGUGGGAGCAUGGGGUUGAGGGUGUUUUGUGUGCGGGAUGUAGCUGUUUCUAUUGUGGUUGUACCUUUUGAAAAUAGCCUCUGUUUAAACAAAUGAUCUAUUGCUCAGAUUUUCUGAUGGUGUAACUUGUCAGGAGAGUAUCGAGCUUCUUCAGAAUGUUAAUGUUAGAGUGUUGAAUCUUUUGAAAAUUAAUUAUUUUUUCAGUGCUUAAUAUCUUAGCCUCCUAAGAAAAUAUCAAUGCUGACUGCUCUGAGAGUAUUUUAGGUAAUUGGCACCCUUCCACUAUGGGCACAGUGUAAUGAAGCAGGUAUGUAGUAGAAACAGUAUGCCUCCUUCGCGACAACAAACAGUACACAAAUGUUAUCAAAGAGAAAAAAAAAAAAAAGAAAAGAAAAAAUUGAAAAAGCGAGAACAUCCCAGUAUUGCCUACCAUUGAAUAUUGAGCAAUGUACCAUCAUCACCACAACUCCACCACUACUUUUCAAAGCCCACCACAGCAAACCUCUAUCCACCUGGUCUAAGGUUAGAAGUAAGACAACACAGAGACCAAAGAUUAGCUCGUAUCAAGAACUGCCCUGUACAGGACCACUUUCUGCUUUUUCUUUUUUCAUUUUCAAUUGUAAUUUUAUACACUUUUUUUUGGCACUUGCUCUCUUCCUAGCUAUUUUGAUUUUUGACAAGUGGACGAGCAAUAUUGACCAUAUUUUACAUGUAUGUCACUUUAAUUUUUUAAGGUAGUUUUUCUAGGUAAAAAAAAUUGUGAUUCUCACUAGUGUUAAAGACAUAGUCCAUAAUUUUAUUGUUGUUACUAUUGUAAAUUUUCUUUUUAAUAUCUGAGUAAGAUUAAGGUAUAAUGAUAAAGUAAAUGUUUUUAAUACCUCGUCGCAACAGAAAUACAGUGUGUAGACACUCCUAAUGCUGCUUGGAAAUACUUGAUAAAACUUUACUGGUUGGAUCAUUUAUUUUGGUGUGCAGGAAAGGUGGUGCUUAUUACAUCAUUUGUUUUUCUGAAGGUCGUGCUGCUCUGGGUCCUGUACUGUAUGGGCUUGAUGUGAAUUUCCCGGUUGUAAACAAGCAAGUAUUUGGCGCAGUGGUUUUUUAAACUGUACAAUUUUAGGUACAAUAAUUGUUAAGAAGAUUGGUUAAUGUGCUCAUUUCUUCUGUUGAGGCCGUUGUAUUUGAUACUGAAAUAUAAGCUUAGUCUACCGAUGCCUUUUGUACAGCAUUUAGGUUUUAAGUUUUAGCCUAUAUUUUGUACAUAACAAAGACUUUUUUAACAAUGAAAUACUGGAGGUUUAAGUGUAGGUAUCUUGUGUAAAUGAUUGAGUGUGUCGCCACUUGGCAACUGAUGUGUACUGUUUCUGUUCAUUUUUUUUUUUGGAUUCUGUUUAAUUUAAAAAAACCUGACUCCCCUGCAAUGGUUGUUUAUGAGGAACUGCCUCCCCACACCUGUCUUCAGUAGUUCUGGCCAGGUGGUAACAGCCAAGCCUAGCCAUCUUCCUCCAGAUACUUGAUAUUUUUGUUUAAGGUAACAAAGAACAUUGUAUACUGUAGUUCAGUGGCUGUUUUAUACCAGACAUGGCUGGGUUUGGCUGGAACUGCCUCAGAUGGCUUCAAAUGGCUUAGUGGUUGAAAACAUGUUAGGAUUUAAUGCGGCUGCCUUUAAAUGUAAUAGGACUGGUACAAAACUUUAAUGUAGAGCAGCUGCAAAGUAUGGUAAAUGUUAUGAUGUUAAAAGGUGGCAAAAGUUGCAUAUUGCAGCUGAUGAGCAGACUCGCUGCCUUGUAGAACUGCAUCUAGCUUUGCAGUGUUGAGAAUGAGAUCAGUUUCCUGUCUCCAGUUGAUGAGUGGGUUUUAAGAGAAGUCUUUGUGAUGCUGCAGGUUAUGUUUGGAAGCUGUCACCCUUCCUCAACCUCAAUCUUCCUGCAGUGUGUGCUCAGAUGAUUACACUUGUUUAGGGUGCUUGAUGGAGGCUUAUGUUUUUGCAGGUGUUCACUACUUUCCUUGUGUAUAGUUUGUAUUGCAAAGUGUGUACAGACUUUGAAUUACACCUGUUGGGGUGGGGAGGAUAAUAAUUGCAUAUGUAUGAAACAAAUUCUCUCACCCUCCCCUCCCCUACCAACUCUUCUUGGAGGAUGGAUCAGAUGUUUUGGUUGAUUACCUUAUUGUUAUAAUUCUAUCAUCAUUAGGUAGAACGGUCAGAUUAUGCACAUAAUCUUGAAAGCAUGAGUACCUGCACCCUUUGCAAGUGGUGGAUCUGCUUGGCAUAGGUGGUGUUCUAGUCACCCCACUCCCAAACCACUCUGCAGUGCUCCUCUUGACUCAUUGGAUAAGCUAGAUGCCUAUGCAGAUGGGAUAAAGCUAUGUCAAAGUAUGAGGUUGCAUUUUUAUAACAAUUUUGUCUUUGAUUUAACAUACUGCAGUUUUAAUAAAAGUAUCCUUCAGAGUAGAAGCUUAUAUUGAUUUUAAAGUGUAAUUAAAUUAAAUAAAAGACUACAAAGAGGUUGUACAUAGUGGUAGAGUGAGGGAGGGAUGUGGGGUGUGUUUAUUGCUGCGCCAAUGACCUGUAAUUUGAUACGAUGACAUUAUGAUGGCAUUAUUGGCCCGUGGAACUAUUUCUGUUGCAGCUCUUUGUGAAGUAAGUUACUGUGUGCCUACAAACACACAUGAAUCAUGCUCAAAUCAUUACAUUAAGACUGAGUGAGCCAGGAAAUUUAAAUGUUUAGAUGUAAUACAUUACAGCGUUGUCGUAAUAUACAACAUCAUCAGGGAAAAUUUUGAAUUAAGUAGAUCUUCUAUACAGUGAUGAACAUCUUUUUUAUUUGAACUUUGUACAUAUAGGGUUAAGGCUGCAAAACUAGACGAGUGCCACAUUUUAGAACAUAAAUCUAGAGAUAGUUAAUUUGUACAAUCCUGCUAGUUAUGUACAGCAGCAGAUCAACGGCAAAAUAUAAACAACUGAAAGAAGAUAGUUUCAGUGUCCCUCAGAUACAGUGUGUCAGUAGUGAAGUAUCUGACCCUUCAUUUCUUAACAGGUGGGAGGCUGCAAGUGUUGGGGAUCAUGUUGGUUUUGUUAUAUCUGUUCCUUUGUUCAGUUUAUCCACAAAAAAAUAGUGCCACCCAAGGUCGUGUGGGAAGCUGUACGUAUCGUGUUUGUAAUUUUAUGCAUUCAGAAUCAUUGGAAUUAAAACAAAAUGACAGUGCCAUGAUCCUUA